UAUUAAUAAUUUAUUAAUAAUGUACAGUGUCACUGAUAGAUUAUAAAAGAGAUACAUUGAAACUGGACCAGGAAAUAUCCAGUGAACAGACACUAGAUAAAAGAGAAGAGGAUCAACAGGUUAUUCAUCAAGAGAUAAAGGAACAGUUGGAUAGACUAAUGAUAACUGUGGAAUCACAUCAAACUAAAGAACCAACAAAUACCUCAAGAGAAGAGACUGGAGAGGUGGAGUGGUCCAGUGUUAGUGUAACCCUCAUUAAACCAUCAGCAGGUCAAUGUCAGGAAGUGAUCAGUCAAUUAACGGACAGUCAUCAGAACAUGAUUGUCCUCCAUCACUCAUCACCUGAUAUUGUAUACUUGAUGAUGUCUCAAGUACUAGACAUAAGAACAAUAAAGGGGAUUUAUAUAAGAUACACUAAAAUAACAAAAGAUGUCAUCCUCUUACUGUCACACAAAAUAACAAACAAUACUUCAAUAAAGACACUAUGGAUCAGUCCCAAUUGCAUCAAUGAUGAUGGAGUCAUUGCACUAACACAAUCAUUAAUUAAUAAUAAAACAAUUACUGGCUUAUUUCUUCAUGGCAAUCCUGACAUCACUUCAACCAGUGCUCAGUCACUAGCUGAACUUUUACUCUACAACCACACACUAUCUUUACUUACUCUCUUCAGCACUAACAUUGAUACUGAUGGAGUACUGGUACUGAUGGAAUCUCUCAGGACCAAUAAUACACUAAGGACACUAUACCUAGACAAGAAACAUGAACAAACUUGUUCUUCUUUACCUUAUUAUAAAACUAUUGAAAACAGAUUGGGCUUUUAGUAAUUAUUUCAUGUA